AUGGGAGCCAUAAAUUCUCCACAUAAUAUUGCCAUGCACAAGUGGGAGUCACUAAGAAACCCAUCUAAGCAUAUUGAAAGAGUGAUUAGCACACAAUCAUCACAAGAACUAGCAGAUAACCGACAACGGCUUAUUACUUCUAUAGAGAGUGUGAGGUUGUUGGCACACCAAGGAUGUGCUUUUAGAGGUCAUGAUGAAUCGGUCGUAUCAUACAAUGCUGGCAAUUUCACUGCAGUUGUGAAUUCCUUUGGAAGAAUGAAUAUGGAAGUUCACAAAGUCUUACAAAAUGCUCCUAGGAAUGCCAAGUAUACUUCUCCACUUAUUCAAAAGCAAAUUGCAAAUAUUCUUGGUAACAAAGUUAGAACUAAGAUUCGGGACGAAGUGGGAUCGGAGAUGCCAAGUUUUGCAUCCUUGUUGAUGAAGCGGUUGAUUGUUGCAGACACUUGUUCUCAAACUCUAAAAGAUGAGAUUUCCAAAGUCCUUACUCAAUAUGAUCUUCAAGUAGAAAAUAUGUGUGGCCAAGGAUAUGAUGGUGCUAGUAAUAUGCGAGGUGAAUUUAAUGGUUUACAAGCUUUGUUUCGUCAAGAGUGUCCAUAUGCAUAUUAUGUGCAUUGCUUUGCUCAUCGGUUACAAUUAACUUUAAAUGGUGCAGCUAAAGGGGUGCAUGAUAUUUGGGAGUUCUUUUCAACUCUAAAUUUGAUUGUAAAUUUUGUUAAUUCUUCUGCAAAACGGCAUUCAGCAUUAAGAGCUAUCAGAGAAGAAGAAAUUGCAUAUUUAGUAGCUGCAGGUGCACUUCAGACAGGUAGAGGGGCUAAUCAGACUUGCACUUUGCAACGGGCAGGGGCUACUCGUUGGGGUUCACAUCUUCGCUCUAUUUCAAGUUUGAUUAGAUUAUUUGGAGCUACCAAAACAACUCUUGCAGAUUUGGUUGGUAAUGGACCAAAUACAUUACAAGGAGAAGCAAAGAGUGCAUUGCAAAAAAAAGCCAUAGACAUCUUGAAUGCUCUAAAUUUUCUUUCAAUAACAAAAUCAAAACUUCAAGAUAUGAGAGAAGAUGGUUGGGAUGAUUUCAUUAUGAAGGUUGAAUCAUUUUGUUGUGAGCAUGAUAUUAUUAUGCCGGAUAUGUCUGCUCCUUACAAGGAAGGUACAAGGGCUUGUGAACAAGGUAUUACAAAUGAGCAUUAUUAUCGGGUCCAUAUACUAAAUGUUGUGAUAGACUUUCAGUUGGCAGAGCUGGAUAGUACAUUUACAGAUAAUUCAUUGGAGCUCCUUGUUCUUAGUGCUACAUUUGAUCCACGUGAUAAUUUUUUAUCAUUCAAAUCUGAAGAUGUUUGCAAUCUUGCUUUGAAGUUUUAUCCUCAAGAUUUUACAUCAUAUGAUAUGCUUGCUCUAGAUAUGGAGUGUGGGUUGAUUUGUCUUGUGUUGACUCUGCCAGUUUCUACAGCAACAACAGAGAGAGCAUUUUCAUCUAUGAAUAUCAUAAAAAACAAACUUCGAAAUAAGAUUGAAGAUGAGUUUCUUGAUGACUUGAUGGUUCUUUACAUUGAAAAGCAGUUCGCCGAUAGUAUUGAUAAUGAUUCUGUGAUUGUUGAGUUUGAAAAAGGUACAAGGGCUUGUGAACAAGGUAUUACAAAUGAGCAUUAUUAUCGGGUCAAUAUACUAAAUGCUGUGAUAGACUUUCAGUUGGCAGAGCUGGAUAGUAGAUUUACAGAUAAUUCAUUGGAGCUCCUUGUUCUUAGUGCUACAUUUGAUCCACGUGAUAAUUUUCGAUCAUUCAAAUCUGAAGAUGUUUGCAAUCUUGCUUUGAAGUUUUAUCCUCAAGAUUUUACAUCAUAUGAUAUGCUUGCUCUAGAUAUGGAGUGUGGGUUUUUUGUAACAGAUAUUCAGAGGGAUCCAAGAUUUGCCAAGACAACUUCUGUGUCUGAUUUAUGUAGGCGGUUAGUUGAAUCUAGAAAGUCAUCAUUCUUUCCUAUGAUUUAUAGGUUGAUUUGUCUUGUGUUGACUCUGCCAGUUUCUACAGCAACAACAGAGAGAGCAUUUUCAUCUAUGAAUAUCAUAAAAAAUAAACUUCGAAAUAAGAUUGAAGAUGAGUUUCUUGAUGACUUGAUAGUUCAUUACAUUGAAAAGGAGUUCGCCGAUAGUAUUGAUAAUGAUUCUGUGAUUGCUGAGUUUGAAGUAAGUGGGCCUCGGAGGGUACGAUUCAGUUAG